AUGAAAGACAGAUACCAUCAGGAUGGCUCCGGAGAAAAAGUGACGGCUCUCCUUGGAGAAGAUGUUGUUUUGCCAUGCUCUUUCGAAUUUCCAGAAAGUGGACCCGUUCCAUAUAUCAUUCAGUGGCACAAACAAGGAAUUAAAAUUCCCAUAUAUAUUUGGUACGAAGGUUACCCACCUCAUAUUGGUGAAGGCUACGACGGACGGGUGUCUCUCACAGGUCAGGCAUCUCUCAAUCUAACCAACUUACAGGACCACGACCAAGGCAUCUACAUAUGCAUUGUCAAUUUUUUCGACAGGUCUCCGGACCCAAAAAGGAAUGGUAGUUUUGUUCAUCUCUACGUUCACGCACCACCUCAUUUUCGUGUCAAACCGCUCGAUGUUGUUUAUGUGAAGAUUGGCGAGAAAUUAUCUCUCCAGUGUGCUGCUGAUGGGACUCCUGAUCCUGAUAUUCGUUGGUACAAGAACGAUAUUCCGCUACAUGAAGGUCCCACAGUAAAAAUCAGCAGAGGAACUUUAGAAAUAACAACAGUAGAACAAGAUCAAAUCGGAGACUACGUCUGUAUUGCCAGAAACAGCGAAGGAAAUGCUAUAGCUGCUACGAAGGUUAUUGUCGCUGGUCCAGCGGUCAUCACUGUUCCACCUCGAAAUCUUACAAAGCUAGAAGGAGAUAAAGCUGAAUUUAUCUGCGAAGCAAAAGGGUUGCCAGCAAAUCUUACCCACCGCUGGCUAUUAAAUGGAAAAGAAAUUUCCAAACUUAACUGGUUGGUAACACGUACGGUAGUCAGGAAAGAUGGAACACUUUUCAUCAACCCUACUUCAGCAGAAGAUUCAGGACUCUAUACCUGCGAAGUGUUCAAUGGAAUUGGAACCCCGGAGAAAGCAUCGUCUUACCUCAGUGUUGAAUAUCCGGCAAGGGUUACCUAUUCCCCAACCAUCCAGUAUCUCCCUCUGGGCUUAUCUGGAAUCAUCCGUUGCUAUGUUCAGUCAAAUCCCCCAUUUACACAUAUCAAAUGGAACAAGGACGAUCGACCUUUUGAUCCAAAAGCUCACUAUGGAGUAGCCAGUCUAAAUAAUGGUUCUCUACAGAUCCAGAGGGUGACCCACGAGCACCAGGGUUGGUAUGUUUGUACUCCAUAUAAUGUAUAUGGCACUGCGGGUCGUUCAAAUAAGAUGGAAGUAUUAGUACGAGAACCGCCUGUGUUCACGGUAAAACCUGAAAAGGAGUACCAGCGAAGGGUCAACAGUGAAGUGACCAUGCCUUGUUAUGGCAAAGGGCAGCCGAAGCCUUCUAUAAUCUGGAUGAGGGCGAACAGUAAGAAGCUUUCGCGAGACCGUAGCACUCAGCGUAACGGAAACCUGACGAUACGGACGUUAAGGAAGGAGGACCACGGUCGUUACGAAUGUGUCCUUCAGAAUGAUAUCGCUACACUUGUCACAAGUACUUUACUUACUGUUCAAGGUACAACACCCCAUUCUCCCACAAACGUAACUGUCAGAACAAGUGCCUUUUCGGCUACUUUAAGCUGGCGUCCUGGCUACAAUGGGAAUUAUCUCCAGUCUUAUGUAAUCUGGUAUCGACUCGUGGAACAAGCAGACAGUCCGUGGCGAAGCAUGCGAGUCGAUCCAGACGAAGCUACCACGUUUACCAUCUACAACCUUCAACCCAAUUCAGAUUACGAGUUUCGAGUCCUUUCGCGCAACACCCUUGGAGAUGGAAUGUUCAGCCCAACAGUUAAAGCUAGAACCACCCCCUGGGACUAUCUUGGAGGUGUUUACCCCACAGAUGCUUACGGAGCAACGUAUAUUCCAACUGUUCAGAAACCCUCUGGUCCCAAGCCAUCCCCACCACGUAAUGUUACUGUGCAAGAGACAGAUGAUGGCGUUCUUAUCUCCUGGCUUUCUCCUCUUAACCAGAAAGUUCCUGUGGCUUUCUACUAUGUUGAGUACCGUACUCAAUCUAAACCCUGGAAGCGUUGGGGACCAGUAAAACAUGCUACUUCUUAUCUAGCUAAGGACUUGCCCUCUGGUCAGUACAAAUUUCGUGUCUAUGCUUACUCAAUUAUGUCGGUAGGACAACCAAGUCCAGACGUUACUCUCACCGUCACAGGAGAAAACUAUGAGGCGACAAAAAGCCGCGCUCUUACUGCUGGUGUAGUUGGUGGUGUUUUGUUCUUCAUCGCAGCCAUAGUGUUAUCAAUAUGUGCUGUCAAAAUAUGCAAUAAGAGAAAACGAAGAAAAGCAGAAAAGGCGUAUAUGAUGGUGACUUGCCCUGUUGCAGAUUCCAGAAAUGGGGGUCACUCGCAUGCAGGUAGUCCGUCACCUAUCAAAAACGAUGGAUCAUUACCCUUCAGACCAAAAAGCGGAAUAUCACGUUUAGUAAGUACAGUUCUAUGUCGUCUGUCCACCAGCGUGGCCUGUCUCUUUGGCCAAAAUUCGAACUCUAAUCCAGUCACAUCACCUGGUCCAGAUUGUGACUCCCAAGAAUGGCCACAGAUGGUGGACCACGUGCGUCGAGGCCGACGGAUCCCUAAGUCUGUACAGUAUCGUGUGGAACUUGAGUACUCGCGGCCGCUGGGAUGGAUUAGUCGGACGCCAGAAGGAAAGUUUGUACUGCAUGACAGUGGAAGCGAGGAUAGGGCUCAACGUGAUGCUCGACUCCUCUCUCCGUCCAGGUCACAAGUUAGCCUCUGCAGUGAUGCUAGCGGUCGGAGUAGUCUCUUCCAUCCCCCUCUCCAUCCCUACGUUCGAGUGCCCAGUGCUGGUAGUCGGGGCUUUUCUCCCCGCUCCCAGGUUUCGUUCAGUCUCGCCAGUCAACCAAUUCCUACCAUAUAUUCUCCCAGGGAUCCAAGAUUCCGUACUAGUAGUCCCGGUUUAACUGCUGCUGGACCCUUUCUGCUAGAAGAUCUCAGUUCUGUUAGGCAUCCUUCUUCAGCUGAAAAAUCUUUUCCUAGCACCAUAUCUAGUUAUUUUGCUGGAUGGAGUCCAAAUCUAACCCCUUCGUAUGAGUUGCCCUCCCUGCGCCCUCUCCAAAAGCAUGUUAUAAGGGGUCCAUCUGCUCAGUUUCGACCAAUUCAGCGGCCAAUUCAAGCCCAAAUAAAAGUACACCCUCUUGUUCGUGAUACAGCACCACAACUAGUAAAUCGAGCAAGUGGUAUGACACUUCUUAUGAGACCACCAUCAAGACAAGAGCCAGAAUAUGGUACUUGGAAAGAUGGACGCCACAUUCACAUGAUAGGUCCUCGACCAUUUGCUCCACCCCCAACCUAUCACCCAAGACCCAUCUACUGGAGGGCACCACAUCAGGGACCCCGCUGGUACAUGGAGGAUUCAUUUUCUUCGGCUAGUAUGAAUAUGAAAACUCUUGGUCAACCACAUAUGACAGAUCAACCUUCGACAUUGCAACAAAGAAAGACAAAUAGAAGCGAAUUCUACUAUAAUAAGCCCAUGUCUAACAGUAGUCUUCCUAGGUCUGACAGAAUAAUAGCCCGUGUAAAUCCUUCACCUUCUAAGAUUAAAGUAAAACCAUUCAUUCAGGUUCGUAAUACUAUUCCAAAGCAAGGUGACGAACAACACGAUAGUAGUGAUACCAGUAGUAGUGAUCGUCCAAUGACCUAUACAAGAGAGAGACUUCUUGGGGCUGUUGAACGUGUGCGAAAAGGAGCACUACAUCGGGGAGAACCUUUUCAGGUUGGUACUUCAGAGUUUGAUGUGGGUUUUCAGGAGCCAGCUAUCCGAUCACCACCAACCACGCCUUCAGGUGAGGAAGACACACACAUAGCUCCGUUUUCUCUUUGUUCCACUGAUCAAAUGCCACUUAACUUCUCUCAGAAUGAGGGACGCCUACCUCUUCUGCCAGAGGAAACUGUACUCCCUGGCCCUGGUCUUCCUCAUUCUAGGAUGAGUAUCACAAGUGGAAGCUCAGGACGAGGUAGCAAGGCAGCAUCGAUUUCACACUCCCAUGGAGACAGCUUGCAGGGAGAAUUGGAUCUUGGUGUUAUUAAUCGCAGUAGCAGUAGCAGUGGUUUUGCUAGCCGAAAUGUUUCUGCAGUACAGUCUUCUACUUCUCCUGGUCAUAGUUCAGGAAGCAGUGGCCCCCCACCAGGGAUUAUCGCUGCUGCACCAAAAGGAUCAUCCACUCUGGGUGAUCUUCGAGGACCAACAAUAUCUCAGCCUCUUGAUGCGUCAGUGGAUGAGAACUAUGAGUUUGAUACAGUUUUACCACUAGAAUCAGAAGUUUUGAACAGAAUUCGAACAUUCUCUGGAUCCAAUCAUACGUAUCUUCCAUCUAUGCCUGAUAACUCUGAACGUGGGCUCAGUGACAGUGAAAUACAUCAUAAAUCAUACCUCAGACCAAAAAAACCUAACACUUAUGAUAACACUGAAGCACGAUGUGCUGCUUUAAAAAAGGAAUUUCUCAGGUUUCGCCAGAAACAGAAAGGACGACGAACGUCUGACGAACUUGAAAGUGUAUGUUAAUAGAUUUAACACACACAUACACAAAAGCAUAAUUUAUUCAUCCCUAAACUUUACAAGUUAUUCAUCCCGUGGAUGACCUAAUAGAGCCAAACUAAAAAGUUCAUGGUAGUUGAUUGCGUUUGAUAGGCCUGCAUGCUUGGUGACAGUUGUAAUAACCUUAAGAAAUAAAUGAAUAAUGUGCUUAUCCAACAGAAUGAGUUAAUUAUUUAUAGAUAAAUGCAAACUGAAAAAAUGAGAUAAAAAGCCCUUUAUCAAGUUGAAUUUGUUCAUAUCACCGUCAAAGACUUUGGUGCAUUGUAUAUUGGAACAACUUUUGUGUGAUGUAGCAGUAGCCUAUAUUUCGUUGGUGUAAACAUGUUUGUUUCUGAAACAGGUGACGAGAUUCAGGUCUUGCGAAACCCAACUUUCCAAUGGUAUCUAAUAUUUAUGUCCAUGAACCAGAAGUAAGUUACACAGUAGCAGUAAUAUGUUGUAAAACAUAAAAUGAAUAGAUCUACUUUUUCGCACUAGUACCAGAAAUAGACACAAACACUUGUUUAAAAGGAAGUCUUAGCAAAUAAUUAACGACUGAAAGGUAUGAAUGGGUUACUACCAUUACUACGUGUAAAUAGUUUGAAUGGGUUACUACCAUUACUACAUGUAAAUUAUUUGGAUGAUGGUUUAAAUUUCUUGUUGAAUCCUUCUUUGAUUUUAAAACUUAUUCCAGAACAUGCCAACCGUACAGAACCAGAAAGUACUUGAAAUCCAUUUGCAGUGAGAAUAGUUAGCCUUAUUAUUCGUUUAUUGAAGCCGUUAGAUAAGAAACAAAAUUUGUUCUUAGUUCACUUUGAUGUAUUCUACUAAAACUUUAUUAAAGAUUUAAUUUUGUUUUCAAAAAAGAUGUGAAAUUUACACUAAAGUAUACUGUAGAUUCAAGAAAUUGUUGAUAAGUUAAAAUAGUAAAAGAUAAAUUUUUUUGUCAUUGACCUUUUAUAAAGAUAACAUGAAAUCAGUUAUUUUUGAUUUGAUAUAUUUUAUGUGCAUGUCUUUCAAACUUAGGUUUGAACUUAUAGAAAAAUUCCGUUCCUGAAAUAAAUGUCUGGAAAAUUUAUAUUAUAAUUUAUACUUUUAAGGUAGAUCGGUAUUGAAGGAGGUUUUGGAAUCUAAGAUCAUGAUACUGUAAAACUACCUUUAGGAAUUUGUUGUUCCUGAGAAGUUUAUCCAUUUGUGCUAAAGUUGGGUGUAGUAUAUCCAUAGCUUAAAGAAUUAAAGAUUCUAAUCACUGACUUUUUUGCUACGUCUGUAGCAUCAAGAACCUUGAUUUGCACAUGUCUAAUGUUUGAAAGAAGCGAAAAAAGUGACAAAUAAAAUGCCUGGGAUAUGUUUAAGAUUGUUCCAACUGACUUCUGAACAAAGACAAACUUGUGAGGGCCUCUAUGAGACAAAUACCUUCCAAUCAAAACUGAUUAAGUUUCUUCUUCGUUUAUUUUAAUAAAGAAUAAAAAAACGCAUAAUAUUUUGGAAUUUGCUCUAACUGUGUAAUACGUGAUCAGAAAACCAGGCCUUUAGUUUUAAUCGCAAUAAUCUGAAUCCUGUAAUCGGUAUGUUAUUAUUCUAACUCUAGCGUUAAAGUGAUUUCAUAUAUAUAUAUAUAUAUAUCGGAAUUUGAGCAAUGAGGCAAAUAGGUAAUUAUUGUAAAUAAACAAGGUAUUCAUCCAACCGCAGAUAAUUUCACUGAUAAUUGAAAAGAAUGCGAUCGAUGCCACAAUAGGAAUAAUGCAUGUUUUAAACUUCCCAUCAAUAUUCAUAUAGCCUUAAAACUAAAUAUACUUAUAAACAAAGCAAAAAGGUCUGACAUAUUAAUCAAAGCCGGUUUAAAGAACAAGCUGUGAGAACUAAUACAAUACUUUAACUAAAAUAUCCUCAAUAGAUAUAAGUGAAAUUUAAAGAUUUAGUACUUAUACUUAAAGUAUUAGUUAUUUCUUAAGUAGUUAUUUGGUAAAACCGUGUAUGAAAAAUAUAAGAGGAAAAAUUUGAAAUUGUAUAAUGAUAUUUAUUUUUGAAUUUUACAUAACAAAUCUCAAAAGUCGAUAAGUUGGUGUAAUGAUGAAUGUGUGAAAGUUUGUAAAAAGUAUGUUAUAAUUUUUUAGAUAUUACAUGUUAAAAUCUGCGAAUAACGAACGAAGAAAAACAACAUGGUUCAAAUGAAUUGUUAACACUACUAUGAAUGCAGCGGAAGUAAUACAAUAAUAAAUAAAGCAUGACCCACUAUUUUGCCCUUUUCUUACGAUCUGAGUUUGUUAAAAUCUAUUGGAAGUACUCGAAAUUAUUUUCAUAAUAAUGUUACCAUUGGUAGGACUUAUAAACAAUAUAUAUAUAUAUAUUACAGUGAAUUUCAGUUUGCUUCAUUACUGAUAGAAAGACGACUGCGAUACUGAACAUCUAUGUAAUAUUUUUAUGACAGUAGAGAGGCAUAUAUUAAAUAUAAAUACAAUGUAAACUGUCGUGGUUCAAAAGGUAAAAUAAGGUGAGAUUUUUAUAUUUGGCGUAUUAAUUAUUCCACAGAGCUUAACUAUAAUGAAAGUUGUUGAGGAAACUUCUGUUUGGAUCAUUUUAUGAGUAUUCGUAUAAUUUAUACAAGUGCACACUGAACAAUCCAAAGACGUCACUUGCGGCUAUUUUGGUCAAUUUACAUUCCAUGUUUAAAUUUUUUGUUGGUCACAUAUCGUUUGAGCAUUUUUUAUCUAUUUAUAUUGAAUGUUCAUAUGUUGCAUUAUUUUGUUUGUUGUUCUUACGUGUAAAUAGCGUUUUUAAACUGAAAUUCUUUUGUUUGAUUUCAUUUCGCGUAUGUACCUGAUAUUAUGUUUUGCGCGUG